AUGCGUCACAGGAAAAAACGUUCACAAGCGUGUUAUUAUAUUAAAGCAUUUCAAGAAAUUGGGGGAUAUGAAAAUCUAGAACCUUGUUAUAUGGAAGCAAUACCAUCGAUAAUACCCAAAAACACAACUUGUGGAUGUCCUAGAGAGGACGCAUUCCAUGUUUUUCGUGAUGCAAAAACAAGCGAUUUGCCUUGGCCUGGAAUGCUUUUUGGAAUUACAAUUAUUGCAACCUGGUACUGGUGCACAGAUCAGGUCAUCGUUCAAAGAACGCUGGCAGCGAAAAAUUUAUCUCAUGCCAAAGGAGGUUGCGUUUUUGCCGGACUUCUAAAAUUCACACCUAUGUACAUGAUGGUCAUGGUCGGAAUGAUCAGUAGGAUUGUUUACCCCAAUUCUGUAGCGUGUGCUGACCCCGCAGUUUGCACAGAAGCAUGUGGAAACCCGGGAGGAUGUUCGAAUUAUGCUUAUGCAAAGCUGGUGUUGUACAUUAUGCCUCAAGGACUGAAAGGCCUUCUAUUGGCGGUUAUGAUAGCUGCUCUGAUGUCAUCGUUAACUUCGGUUUUCAAUAGUGCAAGUACUCUGUUUACAUGUGAUCUUUGGACAAAGAUUAGACCUGAAGCAAAAACGCGAGAGCUUAUGAUUGUCGGAAGAAUUUUUAUUCUCAUCAUGGUAGUAGUCAGCAUAUUAUGGAUUCCCAUUGUGCAAGCUGCUGCUAGCGGAAGACUAUUCGAUUACAUUCAAGCUAUUACAAGUUUCCUUGCCCCUCCAAUAACUGCAGUAUUCGUUCUUGCGGUGUUUUGGCAAAGGAUGAACGAACCAGGAGCAUUUUGGGGUCUCGUACUUGGAAUGUUCAUCGGAUUGUGUAGAAUGUGUAUGGAGUUUGGAGUCGGGGCACCCAACUGUCCGGAUCCGGAUUUUCGACCGUUCAUACUUACCAAAGUUCAUUACUUGCAUUUCGGAAUGCUUCUUUUUGGUUUAUCUGUGAUGAUAUCCGUAAUUGUAUCAUAUUUAACACCACCCAUCCCCAAGGAAUAUAUUGUACGAUUGACAUGGUCGACACGGCAUAGCAAGAGAAAACGCAAAGAUAUUGAGGAAUUGGAGCUGAAAACUAAGCCAAAUUUACGCGGUCAAGAUAAUCCGGCUUUAGACAUGAGCAAUGAUAAAAGGGAUGACGCAUCAUCUGUUAGUUCUAGUGAGCAAUCUACAGCAGAACCUGUCUCGGGCUGGAAGAAGGCCUUCAAUAAAUUUUGUGGCCUGGAGGAAGACAAGGCGCCUACAUUAACAUCAGAAGAGCAAGAGAUGUUAAACAAGAAAAUGGCUGAUAUUACGGAAGAAAAAUGGCCUGCCAUCAUAGUUAACACUGGGGCCUUGUUCAUGCUUUCAGCUGGUGUGUUUUUGUUUGCCUUUUAUGCAUGAAGUCUCGGUUGAUGAAUAGAUUCUGAAAUAGAUUUUCAAUUAUUUGCAAUAAAUUCAAUAUAAAUGACAGUUACUGAAAACUGGUUUUAUAUUUUUAAACAAUAAUUUUUUAUGAUCGGUUAACACCAAUAAGGUGAAUACUGUAUCUGUUUUAUGAUCAGACAUAUAUAUAUUUAUCCAGAACAUAAUGUGUUCACAAAUGCUGCAUACACAUUGAUUCACGAUAUGGAUAAAACUUCAGUUUAUGAAAUCUCCAAUAAUAACAGUUUACAAUUUCCAUAUUAUGUGUUCCAUGUUCGUAUACUUAUUACUACGCUCAAUUGGU